GAAGGAAAGGGCGUCCCAGUUUGCAAAACAGAGCAAUGUUCCAUUACCCGAUUUGCUUGGAAAAAGUGGAUGCAUAAUAAGAUGGGAAUCCCAUCCAAAGCAAGCAGCGGCGUUUACGGACCGAGAGAUCCGAGAUUGCAAGUUAAGAUUACAAUUCCAGCAAGAAACUUUCCCUGACAGAUCGCUGCAAACAAAGAAACAAAAAACGCAGGCAAGGAACGGAAUAUGAGUGAUGAGGCCUUGGAGUGCAAAUAUUCCCAUUGGCCACGAGGGAGCCGCUUGCUGUGCUGAGGUAGGCAAAAGCGCUCUCGGCGACAAGUGUCCCCUCCCAUGAUUAGGCCGCACCAGCAAUACCCUGAGGUCCAGCACAGCAUAUACCCCCCAUUGUACUGCUAGCACCAGUUUGGUGGCUCCUCCUUCUGCCGCCAAGAUAAAUGGAGAAAGAAAAGAAAGGAAUACUGCAGGCAGCUUAGAAUAGGAAGGCACGCCAAAACCCCACCAAUCCUAUGCCCCGCCAAAUGGCGAAUCUGCUCUCCUCGCGACGGCCGCCUCCAGCUCGGACGCUGGCUUUGCUUGCUUUGGACAGCCCACACAAUUAACCACCUCGCUCGUCCAAAGCAUCCAAUCCAACCUCAACCUCCUCCUCCUUGUAGUUGCAGACUUGCCCUGCCCCGCCCAGCUGCCAGGACCAGGACCAGGACCAGGACUAGUAUAUAAACAUCCUAAGCACAACCCAUCACACCAAAGCGCAAGGUGUGGGUGCUACCGCUCGCCCGCAUCCCAAAUUCCAAUUGCGUCCACUCGGAGUCGGAAACAACAACCCAACCAGACACACCACACGCCACCGCUCACCAUUCUUGCGGCGCUCGGCGGCGGCUGCAAGAAUGGGCGUCGCGGAGUGGACGCGCGGGCCGGCGAUCGGCAGGGGCUCCUCGGCCACGGUGUCGAUCGCCGUCGACCGCCGCACCGGCGGGGUCCUCGCGGUCAAGUCCGUGGCCGCCGACCGGGCCGCCGAGCUGCGGCGCGAGCGGGGCAUCCUCCGCGGCCUCAGCUCGCCGCACGUCGUGCGCUGCCUGGACGCCGAGGACAGGAGCGGCGGCGGCCUCGACAUGCUCAUGGAGUACGCGCCCGGCGGUUCGCUGGCGGACGAGAUCAGGCGGUGCGGCGGCCGGUGCGCCGAGGCCCUCGUCCGGUCCCGCGCGCGCGACAUCCUGCUCGGGCUGGCGCACGUGCACGCCGCCGGCGUCGCGCACUGCGACGUCAAGGGCCGCAACGUGCUCAUCGCCUCCGACGGCCGCGCCCUGAUCGCCGACUUCGGGUGCGCGCGCCGGACGGGCGGCGGCAUUGCCGGCGAGGAGCGGCAGCGGCCGACGGGCGGCACGCCGAUGUUCAUGGCGCCCGAGGCCGCGCGGGGCGAGGAGCAGGGCCCGGCCGCGGACAUAUGGGCGGUCGGAUGCACCGUCAUCGAGAUGGCCACCGGCGCCGCCCCCUGGCAGCGGUUCGCCAGCCCCGUCGCGACGCUGCACCACGUCGCGUUCUCGGGCGAGGCGCCGGAGUUCCCCCCGUGCCUGUCGGACCAAGGCAAGGACUUCCUGGCGAGGUGCCUGCGGCAGGACCCCAGGGAGCGGUGGACGGCAGAGCAGCUGCUGGAGCACGAGUUCGUGGCCGCCGCCGGCACCGCCUCGUCGUCCAAUUCCGCGCCAGGGAUCACCGAGAAGGCCACGUUCGUGUCCCCGAAGAGCGUCCUCGAUCAGGCCCUGUGGGAGGACGACGACGACACGACGGCAGACACCAGCGAUCCCACGGACAGGGUGCGCGCGCUGGCCGCGGGCGCGCCGGCCGUGCCGGACUGGACCUGGGACGCGAGCUGGAUCACGGUCCAGGCAGGCCCCAGCGGCGGCGCCGAUGAAGAGCCAGCAAUGUCGCCGGAGGUGGGCACGGACGCCGACAGCAGCGACUCUUCCAUGGGCGGCUCCGCCGGGCGUGCGGCCGCCGCAGAGGCGGGGGCCUCGAGCAGCCACCAGGCGUCGCAUGCCAAUGGCGAUCGUUACGAUGGCACGGGCAGCUGUAACGGCGAGCGCAGCGAUGAUGGUGAUCACGUGGUUAGCGAUUGUAGCACCGUUCCAAUCACAAGCAAUGGAUUCUUUUCCGAUACCACGUCCCGUUUCGCUUGUCCCAGCCCCAGCCAAGCUGGCCGGCCCGGCCCGUUUACAGUACCGCUCCUACGACCUUUCUCCCGCUGUUGUUCUUGCUGUCAUUCGCUUCCCGCCUCGCCAGCCAUUAUUAGCAGGAGUGAGUGGUACUCGAAAUCCAACUUAACACAGCUAGCGCGAAUGCCAGCCAACGAUCCUCGCCAGUUGGCAUGGCGCACAUUGUGGAGGAGGGAAUGCGCAUCGAUCGGGCGAUUUUUUCCUUUGGUCGGUCAUGUAUCACGCGUGACUGGCGAUUGGGUUAGUGGUGGUUACGCCGCGCGCCGCGGUACGGCCGGCGAGGCUGGUUUGGUUAGUUAUGAGGCGGCGACGUCGGGUGUGAGUGGCAUCGUCGCCGGCGGGGCCCGUCGGGCGCGCGGGGAUGGUUUCGGUUUGUUCGACGUGGCCGCCGCUGGCUCGCGAGCUAGCUCCGUCGGGUGGAUGCGGUCCAUCCCUCCACCAAUUGGCAGCCCGUGACAGGGACGCUUGUAUGAGCACGCAGGGUACCUAACUCGCCGCAUGCACGUUUGGCACGCGCCGUCGGCACCGUGUCGGGCUCACUUUCCGCCAUGCGGUUCU